UGCCGCAGGUCGGCAGGAGGUUGCUUUGGAGGUGGGCCGCUGGAGAGAAGGUUUGGGGUUGUCUGUGAAGCAUGGAGGAGAAUGAUUCCAAGCCCAGUGAGGCGGCGGAAGCGCAGAGACAGCCGGAAUCUAGCCCCAGCGGCGGCUCGGGCGGCGGCAGCAGCCCAAGCGAUUCAGACACCAGCCGCCGGCGAGCUCUGAUGCUGCCCGCGGUCCUGCAGGCGCCAGGCAACCACCAGCAUCCGCAUCGCAUCACCAACUUCUUCAUCGAUAACAUCCUGCGGCCUGAGUUCGGCCGCCGAAAGGACGCGGGGACUUGCUGUGCCGGCGCAAGAGGAGGCGAAGGCGGCGCUGGUGGUACAGAGGGAGGCAGUGGUGCAGGCGGGGCCGAACAGUUCCUGGGGUCAGGCACCAGAGAGUCUCGGCCGAACCCAGCGUGCGCACCCAGCGCCGGAGGACCGCUCUCUGCUGGUGGCGCAGACUCCGCGGCUGACGGAGAAGGCGGCUCCAAGACCUUAUCCCUGCACGGUGGUGCUAAAAAACUCGGCGACCCCGGGGGUUCCUUGGAUGGAGCGCUCAAGGCCCGGGGUUUGGGCGGCGGUGAUCUGUCUGUGAGCUCCGACUCGGACAGCUCGCAAGCCAGCGCCACCCUGGGCACGCAGCCCAUGCUCUGGCCAGCUUGGGUCUACUGCACGCGCUACUCGGACCGACCUUCUUCAGGUCCCAGGUCCCGAAAACCAAAGAAGAAGAACCCGAACAAAGAGGACAAGCGGCCCCGCACCGCCUUCACCGCUGAGCAGCUGCAGAGGCUCAAGGCUGAGUUUCAGACCAACAGGUACCUGACGGAGCAGCGGCGCCAGAGUCUGGCCCAGGAGCUCAGUCUCAAUGAGUCCCAGAUCAAGAUCUGGUUCCAGAACAAGCGGGCCAAAAUCAAGAAAGCCACGGGCAACAAGAACACCCUGGCGGUGCACCUCAUGGCGCAGGGCCUGUACAACCAUUCCACCACGGCCAAGGAGGGCAAGUCGGACAGCGAGUAGGGCGGACAGGGCGGGCAGGCCGGCCAGGUCUAGGGCCACGCGAAACAAUGCAAUAAUUUAAAAACCGUGAACAAAGGGCCAGUGUAUAAAGAUUAUACCAGCAUUAUCUGUGAAAAUCCCGUGUAUUAGCUAUGGUUCUACAAAAAUCUGUGUAUAUAUAAUUUACAGGUGGUGUAAAAUCCAAGAUAUCUGACUAUAAAAUAUUUUUUGAGUUUUUUUUUUUGUUUAAGAGGUUAUGCUAAUUUUAUGCUAUUAUUAUUCUUUCUGCAAAGGGGGGCUGCCUAGGGUUUCGAAUCUUUUUCUUUCCUCCUGCCUUCCUUCUUUUCUUUUAUUCCCUAAGCUCCAUUGUGGGACAUCUGACACUUUCUGCCCCUCCCUCCCCCGAAAGAAAAAAAAUUUAAAACAACUUGCUAAAGUCCAAAGAUUUUUAUUGCUGCAUUUCACAGGACUGUGAACCGAAUAAAUAGCUCCUAUUUGGUCUGUGAGCUCUGCCGCUUGCUUUGUGCUGGCAUGGCCAACAGUGUAGGAAGUGCCAGCCCGGUGAUGGGGGAGCUCUGGACUCCGGUGGGGAGAGAGGGGGCAGGAAGACCUCCAGGCACCUGCCUCCUACUGCCUCUCUUCCCAAACCGCCUCAGAGGCCCUCUCUGGCCACCACCGUGCGUCUGCGUCUGUGUCGAUGACCCCUGUCCCGCCACAGCCCCCUAGUGACCUACUAGCGCCAACUCUCCCACCUCAGGCACUGAAGACAGUGCUUGGGGCCUGGGGAGAAGUGGGA